AUGCCUAUUUGCCUAGAAGCCGGCAAACUACUUUCCCUACAAUCGGCAACUGCAAUCCUUUUGGCUGAGUCACUUCGCCUGGCUAUGGGUAGUGACAUCCGUUCUCAUGAUCCAUCAUCGCAGUUUUGUGAUGUAUAUGCUAUGCGCGCGAUGACAGCUCUUCACGAACUGGGUAUCUAUACCUUGACGCUGGAAGAAUCUGAUUCCGUUAUUAUGCAGCGUAUUGAAAUUUCGACUAGCCGCUUAGGGCCGGCCAACUAG